CAGACGUUGUUGCUGUUUCAUUCACACUGAACUGCUGCCGCACCGGGAAAAUGUCUCGAGUUUACGUGGGGAAAUUGAGCUAUCGCGUAAGAGAAAAAGACGUGGAAAGGUUUUUUAAAGGCUAUGGGAAGAUUCUGGAAGUGGACCUAAAAAAUGGAUAUGGCUUUGUAGAGUUUGAUGACCCCCGUGAUGCAGAUGAUGCUGUGUAUGAUCUUAAUGGCAAAGACCUUUGUGGGAAGAGAGUUGUAGUGGAGCACACCAUAGGACAGCGCCGUGAUGCAGGCAGCAGAUCCACUAGAGGCAGCCGGUUUGGUCGUGGAGGAGGGGACAGGCAUGGCCCACCUGCACGCUCAGAUUAUAGACUGAUUGUGGAGAAUCUUUCUAGUCGCUGCAGCUGGCAGGAUCUGAAGGACUACAUGCGUCAGGCUGGUGAAGUGACGUAUGCAGACACUAACAAUGGCCGCAAGAAUGAGGGUGUGAUAGAGUUCAGGCAGUACUCUGAUAUGAAAAGAGCCCUGGAGAAACUCGACGGCACAGAGGUCAAUGGAAGGAAGAUUCGGCUCAUCGAGGACAAGCCUGGUGCCAGACGCAGGCGCUCCUACUCCCGCAGCGCCUCCAGGUCUCGCUCCAGGAGCAGGAGGUCUCGCAAGAGUCGAAGCCACAGUCGAACCAGCAGCCACUCACGACCCUCAGGUUCAAGAUCACGCAGCAGGUCAAUCAGCAGGAAGGGCAGGAGCAGUCAGGCAGAGGAACGCAGUAAUAAAGCUCCCAGGAGCAAAGGAGUUGAUAGUGCCAGAGAAAACAGCAAGAGCUGCAGCCCCCAGAACAGAAAGAGCAAGAGGGACCGCUCCUAUUCACGAUCCAGAUCUCGAUCCAAAUCAGGGAGCAAUAGGGAUGUCUACGGGGAGUCUGGAUCCAAGAAUUGGGAGGCAACCCAGAGCGAAGGUGAAGGGAGAGGUGCAGAGAGGGCGCACCGUUCUAGAGCUCAUUCUCGAUCCAGGUCACAAACGCCACCAGAUGCUGAUCUGCGGAGGAAAUCUAGAUCCAGAUCCAAAUCUCGCUCCCGUUCACACUCACAUUCUUAUUCCCGAUCUCGCUCACGGUCUCGCUCAUGAAUCAAAAUGUUGUCCCGCCUUUCAUUUCCCUUCUACAAAGCACAUUACAUUUAAGUUUAGCCUUUUUUUUUUUUUUUGUUUGUUUUUUCUUCAAAUAGAUGAUAGGGUAUUCGGGAUGUUGCUUCCUUAUUCUUAGUAUUUACUUGUUUUGUACUCUGUCGAUAUUUUGUGUUGUUAAUCUAAUGCAUAAUUUUUAGUAAUGUGUUUUAUAUACAUGUGAUCCAUAUAUGUAUAUAUGGAUCACAUGUAUGUAUAUAUGGCUCACAUGUAUGUUUUAUUCAUAAGUUAAGACAACUUUAAGGGAAUCCCAGAAUAGAUGUCUUAACUUCUGCGUUGUAUACCUUAGAAAUGUACCACAUUUGUUAUGAUGGGGCAGAGUGUAUGCUAAUCCAUUAGAUCUUUUUACUAUGAAUUUUUCCAUGUACAAAAAUAAAAUAAAAAACUGCCUCUGAA